AUGGUUCUGGCUCUGAUCUUUGCGGUUCCUCUGCUGCUCCAAACUUCCAGAACCUCCGCGCAUUACGAGAUGGUGGGAACCUGCCGGAUGGUCUGUGACCCGUACAGCACCACGGAGGUUCUGCGGGACCCGAGCGCGGGUCCGUCAACCACCAUACAGGACUCUAAAGCUGAACCGGGUCGGCCGGGGAAACCAGGACCAAGAGGUCCACCGGGGGAACGAGGACCUCCCGGUCCGAGAGGACCACCAGGAGACUCUGGAAGAACUGGGGAGGUUCUGGUGCCAGGAGAGCUGAGCCCUGUCGGACCGGGACACAUCGCCUUCUAUGUGGGUCUGAAGAACCCCCACGAGGGCUACGAGGUGGUCCGCUUUGAUGACGUAGUCACGAACCUGGGGAGCGACUAUGACGCAACCACCGGGAAGUUCACCUGCCAGGUGUCCGGGGUCUACUUCUUCACCUACAGGGUUCUGAUGAGGGGCGGGGACGGAACCAGCAUGUGGGCCGACCUGUGCAAGAACGGACAGGUCCGAGCCAGCUCCAUCGCUCAGGACGCCGACCAGAACUACGACACGGCCAGCAACAGCGCCGUCCUGCACCUGGACUCUGGGGAUGAGAUUUACGUGAAGCUGGACGGAGGGAAAGCGCACGGAGGGAACAACAACAAGUACAGCACGUUCUCGGGGUUUCUGCUGUACCCCGACUAA